AUGACGUUCUCCAUCAAGAAUCCCAUUCGCUCCUACCGGAUCGGUUUCUGGUGCCAUGAGUUGGGAAUCCGUUUGCCCAUAUUGCGAGAGCGUGGCAAGCUCUCAGUCAUAUCGCAAUCAGAUAACACUCCUGGACAUGAAUCAAGGGGAUCAUCGAGAUCUUGA